AUGGAGACAAAUUGGAAUGUGUCUGAGACCGGGAUUUGCGUCCAAUGCAUCCCAAUGACCAACCUUUCUUAAAGCUUUCUCCACUUUUUUCUUUCGUUUUGGUGUUGUGCACUAACGGCACCUUCAUCAUAUAUUCACCCCUUUCACUCUCAUUUUUUUCUUUCCUUUUAAUUUUAUUUCAAUUUUGGAGUCAAUACACGCUCAGAUUCAUCAUCAUCUCAGUCUCUUCAACCUUCAAACCUCCGCGUUUUCUAGUGCCUUGUUGCUACUUACACCCUAUUGUUGAAAAGUCAAUCCCCCACAAAUCCCUUUUUCCACAUCCACCCCUUCUCCAUUUCCUUCCUUCAAAACAUUGCUUACCCUUCUCUUUUUUCCCCCAAAGUUUCGUUCUUUUGUAUCUUCUCUCAUUCAAAGUUUGAGUCUUCCGCAUUUGGGGUGCCCUGAAUUGCCGUGCAAGUUCAGAUCUGCUUACAGAAUUCAUAUUUGAAUCGGUGAAGAUUUUGAAAAUGAUCGUGAGAAAAGGCAUGGGGCGAGCAAAGUCACUGCUUUUGCUGCUUAUGGUGCUUUUGUUUUCCUUUGCCACUUAUAAUUUGGUAGCUAUGAUCAUGGACCAUAAGGCAGAUGGGUUGGAGUCUUUGAAUAGAAAAAUGAUGGUAUCGGGAAAGACUAAUUCAAAGUUUCAUGUUGCCGUGACCGCAACCGAUGCCGCUUACAAUCAAUGGCAAUGCCGGAUUAUGUACUAUUGGUAUAAGAAAGUGAAGGACAUGCCUGGAUCAGAUAUGGGGAAAUUCACCCGUAUUUUGCAUUCUGGAAGGUCAGACCAGCUGAUGGAUGAGAUUCCUACUUUUGUGGUUGAUCCACUUCCUGAGGGCUUGGAUAAGGGUUAUAUUGUCCUAAAUAGACCAUGGGCUUUUGUUCAGUGGCUGGAGAAAGCAGAUAUUGAGGAAGAAUAUAUUCUGAUGGCAGAACCUGACCACAUAUUUGUAAAGCCUUUGCCUAAUUUGGCUCAGGGAACCCUGCCCGCAGCAUUUCCAUUUUUCUAUAUAAAACCAGAUCAGAAUGAAAAAAUAAUCAGGAAAUUCUAUCCUGAGGAAAACGGUCCUGUUACUGAUGUUGAUCCAAUUGGCAAUUCUCCUGUAAUCAUUAAGAAGUCUUUGAUGGAGGAAAUAGCUUCCACAUGGGUAAAUGUUUCAUUGAGAAUGAAAGAUGAUCAAGAGACUGAUAAAGCUUUUGGAUGGGUGCUUGAAAUGUAUGCUUAUGCUGUGGCAUCUGCAUUGCAUGGUGUAAAGCAUAAUCUUCGCAAAGACUUUAUGCUUCAGCCACCUUGGGACUUAAAUGUUGAGAAUAAGUUUAUCAUCCACUAUACAUAUGGAUGUGACUAUAAUAUGAAGGGGGAACUGACAUAUGGGAAGAUUGGAGAAUGGCGUUUUGACAAGAGGUCUUAUCUUUUGGGUCCUCCACCCAAAAACCUGCCCUUACCGCCUCCAGGAGUUCCUGAAAGUGUGGUGCGGCUUGUUAAAAUGGUCAAUGAGGCUACUGCAAACAUACCUGAAUGGGAUUCAUUAAACAAAAGCUGAGGGAAUGAUGAUAAACCAUAAAGCCAGUGAUUUUGAGAUGAGGACUACAAAUACCAUAUCAAAAAUAGAUUAGUUUAAGCAAAUAGGAGUUGUGAUAAAUACAAAUGAUGCUUGUGCUUUCUAUGAAAAUAGAUUUUUUUUUCUUUUAAUGGCCAGGAAAUUCUUUUACAUUCAAACGUAUACAAGACCUUUACAAUCUAUUACACUGUUGUAGUUUUGCAAACUGAUUGUUAUCAUAUUGCAACCAAUGGAAUGGCAUCUUAUCCCUUUUGUUUUCCCCCACCUUUGGUGGAUGAAACUAA